UUAUCAAGUUUGUGGAUUUUGUCUAAAUUACUUAAAAAUAAAUAAAUAAUAUAAAGCAAAUGUAAAAGUUUAUGAAUUAGGAAAAAAGAAAAUUUUAGCCAUUUAAGAAUUUCUUAAAAUUUUUACAAUCUCUUAAACUUGUAAUAUGGCAAAUUCAUACGAACCCCCUAAUUGGGCCGGGAAGCCUCCAACUGGAUUGCAUCUUGAUGUGUUAAAAGAAGAUAAAUUAAUUCAAAAAUUAAUGAUCGAUGAAAAAAAAUUCUACCUUUUUGGUCGAAAUGCACAAAUGAAUGAUUUCUGUAUUGAUCAUGCAUCAUGUUCCAGAGUUCAUGCGGCAUUUUUAUACCAUAAACAUUUAAAUAUUGCAUAUCUAGUUGAUUUAGGAUCAACUCAUGGAACUUUCAUAGGUACAUUACGUUUAGAACCUCAUAAACCUACACAACUUCAAAUAAACAGUACAUUUCAUUUUGGUGCUUCCACAAGACGUUAUAUUUUAAGAGAGCGACCAUCAGUAACUAUGAGAAGCUCUAUAUUAGAAGAAAUUCCAUUAAAUGAAAGCAGUGAAGGAGCCUUACUUGGUUUACCAGAAACACAAAAUGAAGUUGAUAACUUGACUGAAUACAAUACUGCCCACAAUCGGAGAAUAUCAAUGCUUGGAAUAACAGAUGAUAACAUUAGAAAGCAAAGCCAAAUAAAAAAUCCUAGGAAAAGAAAAAAUGUUACUUUUAACGAUGAAGAAAUAAUUAUUAACCCUGAGGAUAUAGAUCCAAAUGUUGGACGGUUCAGAAAUCUAGUUCAAACCACAGUUGUUCCAACUAAAAAGUUAAAAAUUGAGCACGGAAUACCUACAACAAGCACAAGUGUUCACUCAUCGAUAUCUCAUGUGGCAGAUGUAAAACACAUGCAUCCAUCAGCCCUAAUUCCAUCUUUAUAUCACGGACUUCCGGCUGCCAUUUCAGACCACCAACACAAUCCUAGUAGUAGUUCUUCUGGAACGAGCAAAUUGCUGGAUGUUGAUGUUGUUAUGGGAACUAAAUUAGGUUUAUUACUACCAAACCCAGCGCCGGAUGUCAAUCCAGAAACGAGUACACCUCCAAUCGCUCCUUCUCCAUUUCCAAAUAAUGCAAAAGGACGUUUUGAGGAUCGAGUUGAAACAAGUUCCGAACCUCAGAAAAAGAAAUAUGCCAAAGAGGCUUGGCCAGGAAGAAAACCAAUGUUGGGUAGCCUGUGAAUCUACACGUGAAGUUUAUGUUGUUGAAAUUAAUUAUAAGGUAUUGUAUUCAUAUAUGUAUGUAUGUAGACAAAUGACGAAGUUUAAUAUUUAAUAACAAAAUUCACCAGGAAUAUUCAAUAAUUGUAUUUGCAGUUUUUUCAGCUUUAAAUAAUCAAUUAUAAGAAAUAUAAAAUUAACUUUUAUAUUUA